AUGGGUGGAUGUUGUUAAUCACGCGAGAAAGAGGGUCAUGUAAGGUUCUCUACCAAACAGGUCGCUGAAAUUAGAUUGAAAUUUUAGUCAUUAGGCCAACAGCAUGUAUUUGAUAGCUAUGAAAGACUGGACUACAAUGAGAGAAUGCAUCUACUGAGAGAUGCUUCAUAACUAGAUGUUAUUUAGAUAGAGAAUCUCUACAAGAAUUUGAUACUCAACUAAGAUGAUAAGGAUAGCCAUCAGAAUGAGAAAGAUGCCAAACUGGAGCCUAUUGAGCCAAAGAUGGUUUAUGAUAGGGCUAGCAUGAGCGAAAAGGAUCUGAAUGAGCUGAGAGAAUUAGGAUAUUAGAAGAUUAGAGAGGGUAAAGUAGCAGUAGUUAUUUUAGCAGGGGGCUAAGGUACUAGACUUGGCUCUGACAAGCCCAAGGGCGAAUACAACAUUGGUUUACCUUCAAUGAAGUCAAUUUUCUAGAUUUUAACUGAACGCUUUGUUAAAGCUUAAAUGCUGGCAGCAGGCACUGACUAGGUUAGUGACGACAUUCAAAAGUGUAAGUUACUCAUAAUGACAAGUCCCAUUAAUGACAGAGAGACUAAGAAGUUCUUCAUGUUCAACAACUACUUCAAGGCGAACAGCAAGAAUGUGAUUCUCUUUGAGCAGGCCGUGCUCCCAGCAAUCUCUCCUGAGGGUAAAAUCUUGCUUGAGGGUCCUUAAAAAAUAGUUAUGUCACCAAACGGAAAUGGAGCGCUAUUCGAUGCUGUGGGAAAGAACCCAAUGGUCAAGAAGAUACUAGAGGAGGUUGAGUAUGUGCAGGUUAUCGGAGUGGACAAUGUGCUGAAUAAAGUUCUUGAUCCAGUCUACAUUGGUUUCUCAGUCAAGAACAAUUUGUAGGCAGCUAUGAAGUCCUGCGUCAAGAGGGAUGCAAAAGAACCAGUGGGUGUUGUUUUGAAGAAGAAUGGGAAGUAUGACAUUGUGGAGUACUCUGAAUUGACUGAUGAUGAUGCAAAUGCUGUUAAUCCUAUUACCAAGGAACUUAAAUUCAACUUAGGCAGCAUACUAAUCUUUUUGCUAAGAUCUGACAAACUACUAGAAUUGUGCAACAAUGCAGCAACUCUAAAUCAGUUGUAUCACAAAGCAUUCAAGAAUAUAUCUUAUUGGGAUUCUGAAAAGCAAGAGCUAGUAAAGCCAGAUAAGCCAAAUGGCUAUAAAUUUGAGCUGUUUUUACAUAAUUUUCUGCCCUUCUGCGACACAGGCAAAUUUGGAGUCCUCAAGGUCUAGAGAGAAGAAGAGUUUGGCCCAGUGAAGAAUGCUGAAGGCUCAGGUGUUGACUCACCAGAUACAGCCAGAGAGUUGAUAUUCAGAUUGAAUGUUAAGUAUCUCAGGAAAGCAGGUGCUGUGAUUGAAAAAGACGCUGCACACAUUGAAAUUGAUAACUUGCUGUCUUAUGAAGGAGAAGGAUUGUAAGAUUAUGCUGACGGCAAGAGAUUCCCUCCACCUCACUAUAUUAAACAUAACAUUCCACACAACAAUGCUAAGGGAGAACUCUUUAUGUGA